GUCAACGACCUCGUCUACGUGUCUUCAGCUGCCUGCAUCCUCGUCUCUCCGCGACCGGUCAGUCCUUGUGCUCCUCGCAGGCUCGCGCGAUCUCGGUCCGUCACCUCUCCUGCGACUCACUCCGGGACCCGGCGGCGUCGUGCGCAAAGCUCACCCGUCCUCAUGCUCCCCCUACCACCUCCCCUCCGUCCGUAGUUCCACACCCCUCACCCCUCACCUCUCACUGCUCACCCCUCCCCUCCCUCCUCAGUUCUCAGUCGUCGUCUCGUGUUCUGUGAUCGGUGGUGUGUCAUCAGUGUUGCUCCGCGAGCGAGUGAGCCGCGCGUGUGUCGCUACGAGUCGGAAACAGUGUUGAGUGCCGAGUGUCGAGUGCAUCAAUUGUCUCAAUAACAGUUGUGUUAUUGUUCUGAGAGUGCCUCGAGUGAGGAGCGAGGUCGGGCGAGCGGCCGGCUGGGGGGCAGUGACCCCCGACACGACAUCGAGACAGGAGCGACGGGCCCCGGAAUAUUAUAAAGAAUGCAAGAAACCACUGAACUCACUAUAAAAAUAAUAAUUCUACCAUCAAGUUUACUGUAGAGCGUUUCCUCUCUUCAAGUCAUCUCAAGAAAUAAAUCUAGGAGCGACCUUAGUACAGUAUUUACUAUGAGUUUAUUGUUCGCAUGACCAGACGCUUUAAAGUUCUCACGGCAACCGCUCGGUUAUACAUGUGUAAUGUGGAGAAUGUUGAUGUGAUAUGUUUAUUGAGGACAGAGGAGCGGAACGGAGCGGAGUUUUGUCAACACCAUACUCCAUGGCCUUCCUUCAUCUCGAAGUAACAAAGACAGUCGCAGCAGCAGCAGUAGGAGCGGCGGCGGCAUGGAGUGCGGCGUGGCGGCACCGGGAGGAUUCUCGCGGCCGCACCCCUCACACCCUCAACACCCGGCACUUUCUCCCACCGAACGCUCGCCGGCUAAAGCUGGACUUCACGUUAACUUUAGUGACAAGGGCGAGGUGAAGGAGCGACGGGAGAAGUUUUUAACAGCGAAAUAUGGAAGUCACCAGAUGGCCCUGAUACGUAAGAGACUAGCUGUUGAAAUGUGGCUUUACGACGAGCUGCAAAAGCUUUAUGAAGUCCCGAGCGAGGCGGCGGCGGGAGGGGGAGCGGGGGCGGCUACAGGAGCGGGAGCGAGCACGGAGGUGGAGGUUGAUAUCGACGAGCUGCUGGACAUGGACAGCGAUGACAUCCGCCGCAGACAUCUCACGACGUUACUGGCUGAAGCUAAGAAACCUCAAAAAGAUGUUCAUAAAUUCAUUAAUGAGUUAUUAGAGAAGGCCAAAACCCUGUAAAGUAGCCAAGGGAAGACGAGCUCGCGGAGAGCGGAGGCCGAAGGGCGGCCGAACCUUCCAGUGACCGAGGUCCGUGGUGGGGUGGACGUGUCGCGAGCGCUAGUCGAAUUACAUAUUAAGAAUUAUUUAAUGAAAUAACUUUUAAAAUACCGUUCGCAAUAUGGUUCAUUACAAAGUUUUUAAACCGCGUCCUUGCUUUACCCUGUAUUAUAUAUGUAUAAUAUUAUUUAAUCAGCACGAAGUCGACAUAUCCUCUCACGAGAUAACAUAUUCAUACUCAGUACAAACUCCUACUUCCCUCGGAUCUAAGUUCUAACAAUGAGACGCUCAUCUCCAGUGCAACCACCGCUCUGUGUAUAUCGGCCUAAUUAUAAUACUUGUCCAUAGUCCCCGGCAGGGGGCAGCAGGCACUUACCGUACUAUACAGUGGGUUCGAGUCGUCUUCUGCUUCCUCUACCACACAUGUUUUUUCCCUCCUUAUAUGUGUUAUGUAUGAAGCGGGGACUUUAGUCGGGUCUAUUAAAUAAUGGCUGCCGUAGUCUUGUCCUCGCGCGGCAACGUAACCUUGCUACCAUAUCCCUAUAUAUGAAAGUAACAUAAGGUUAUGUUAUAUUUCGUUCAAUAGAAAUACCUUUCUUUGGGAAAGGAGAAUAAGUUUGUAAUAUUAUAUGAACUGUAAGAUAUAACUGGUGUAGUCUCGUUUUACAUUUUUACCAAUAGACUUAAUUCAAUCCGUAGCUCUUAUUUGUAUUUUGUACUAAGCGAUGGCACAUUUUAGUUUAGACUUUAGUUCGAUAUACAUUCAUCGUCUGUUUUAUGAAUGGAAUUAAAAAUCUUCUGUCAACCGAUUAUGUACAUUUUGUUAUACUAAUUUAUUAAACGAUGUUUGUAUAAUAUCUCUAAGACGCUUGCGGCGGCAACGUUAAUGUAUAAAUAGUAUUCGAUUAAACGGUAAGUAAGCAAGUAAUAAUAGUGAAGGCGGGCCGAGGGUCCGGGAGCCGUCUCCGCUCCGAGGACUUCUCGUUCUCUGACCCGCUUCAAUAUUUUCGUGUACUCAUUACAUUAGAAGUUUGCGACUUAGAUCCUAGUCUGGAUAUUGCUGUCGAGUGAUAGAAUUUUGUAAUAAAUUUAUUUAAUAUUAUAAA